ACAUCUCCCAGUACACACUACACACUACGUACUGCCGCAGCGGAGAACAAGACCGAGCUAACGAGCGGAAGCAUUCGGAUCAUUUGGAUACACGAAAGCCAAACACCGGAACCAUGUUUGGAUGCUGGAUUACCUCAUUUCUCUUUCUGUCGGCAACCUCUGAGUUUUUUGUGGUGGUCCUCUCAGAGAACAAAACUGGAGGUACGGCACAAAAGAAAGGCCAUGAAAUGGGCUUCACUCGUCACAAUAUUUUGACCGCCCAGUUUGAAUGUUACCAGAAGAUUAUGAAAGACACUAAUCACAACAGAACAGAUGGCUCUAUGUGUAAACGGACCUGGGAUGGAUGGAUGUGCUGGGAAGAUUUGGAAGCAGGAGUCACUUCAGCUCAGCACUGUCCAGGCUACUUUAAUGAUUUUGACACCUCAGAAAUGGCAACGAAGAUUUGUGCUGAUUCGGGCCACUGGUUCGUUCACCCAGAGAGUAACAGAACAUGGACAAAUUACACGGGCUGUAAGCAUAAAUCUAAUGAUCACAAAAGGACAGCACUUAAUCUCUACUACUUGGCUUUGAUUGGUCAUGGAUUGUCGCUGAUAUCUUUGUUUACUUCUCUGGGGAUAUUUUUCUAUUUUAAGAGCUUAAGUUGUCAAAGGAUAACUCUGCACAAGAAUCUGUUCUUCUCUUUUGUGCUUAACUCGGUUAUAACCAUCAUCUUUUUCACUUGUGUUGCAAACAACCAAGAAGUAACACAAGCCAACACAGUGAGCUGUAAAGUGUCCGUGUUCAUCCACCAUUAUCUCCUGGGCUGUAACUACUUCUGGAUGUUGUGUGAGGGAAUCUACCUGCACACACUCAUUGUGGUGGCAGUGUUUGCUGAGAAACAGCACCUAAUGUGGUAUUACCUCCUAGGAUGGGGCUUCCCGUUAAUACCUGCAUUCAUCCAUGCAAUAUCCCGAAGUUAUUACUACAAUGACAACUGUUGGAUAAGCUCGAACACUUCUCUGCUCUACAUUAUUCAUGGUCCCAUCUGUGCAGCCCUUUUGGUUAACCUCUUCUUCCUUUUAAACAUUGUGAGAGUGUUGAUCACUAAGCUGAAGGUGACCCACCAGGCAGAAUCCAGUCUGUACAUGAGGGCCGUCAGGGCCACCUUAAUUCUGGUACCUCUGCUGGGCAUUCAGUACAUACUGCUGCCCUACAAACCCGACGGACGGCUCGCCGCCGAGAUAUUUAUACACACGAUGAACAUACUUAUUCAUUACCAGGGCCUUUUGGUUGCCACUAUAUUUUGCUUUUUCAAUAGCGAGGUGCAAGGUGUAUUACGAAGGCACUGGAACCAGUACCGCAUACAGUUCGGCAGCACAUUUGCGAACACUGAGGCCCUGCGUUCUGCAUCCUACACAGCCUCCUCCAUGACGGAGGUCCAUCGAUGUUACAGCAUCGACAGCCACAUGGAGACUCUGAACGGAAAGAGUUUUCACAAUCUGGAGACCACCAUUCUCCGAUCAGACAACCUGUACAUGUGAGAGACUCUAACUCUUUGACCUUUGGGAGAACAGCCUCAUGGAGAGGACCACUGACUGAGAUGUGUGUGAGAAGAGGCCUACUGGACAUACAUCUGGUUACUUUGGACUACAGACACCCAGAAGCCUUUCCUGUUCCGUAGAGGCCUUAGUUAUCUUAUGUUUAUGGAUGGGAACUGGAGAAAAUACUGUAUUUUAUAUGGAAUAUUAAAGUCACAUGAACCUUUUCCAUGAUGAUCCAGUGGAACACUUUGGAGAACAUCACAAAUAGUCAGUCUUUCAGAUUUCUUUAUUGAAAUGGAGUUGUUCAAUGGGUGAAACUAUGAACUUAGGAUCACACCCUAAUGAAGCUUUUUCUUUAUGGCACUGUGUUGUUUUAGUGAAGGUUGAGCCACACUGAUGCAUUGGAUGAUGGAUUCCACAUCUAUGGAUCUAUGGAAUAUUCUGGCUCAAAGAACCUGUAGUAGAAGAAAGGAAUAAACAAUUAAAGAGACGAAAUCACUAUGAUGUGAUUUCAGAAGAUACUGAUAACCUUGUCCUGCUCUUUUUGUUCAUCCUGAACUUCAUCUAGUUAUCAGUUAUGUGAUUAAUUUGUGACCCUGGACCACAAAACCAGUCUUAAGUAGCAAUAGCCAAAAGUACAUUG